CAACAACAAUCACAGCAAAAACCGGCAGAGCUCAAAUUCAGGAUUGAACCCAUUGGUAUUCAACCCGAGGAUGAUGAUGACCUUGAUUCAUGCCCUGCUAGAACCAGAGCUACUUGGCCUCAUAAAAUUAACCCGUGGUGGAAGCCUGCAGAUAAAUUUGAAAAGCCUCCAUAUUCUUACGCGACACUCAUUGCUCACGCGAUUUUGACGAGCAAGGAUGGUCGUCUGACUUUAAGUGAUAUUUAUAAAUGGAUUUCGGAAGAGUACCCGUACUAUAAGAGGGGACAAAAAGGUUGGCAGAAUUCUAUUCGUCACAAUCUGUCUUUAAACAAGAAAUGGUUCGUCAAGGUGGACCGCCGUCCGACACAAGCGCAUCCUGGCAAAGGUGGUUACUGGACACUUCAAGUUAACAUGGAGAAGAUAUUUGUUGAUAAUCUCUGCCAAGCUGGCAGCCAUAGCAGAAGACAUCAUGAUAUGGGUAUCUAUUCUAAUGGAUCCAACCAAUAUUACCGUUCUUCCUCAACCUCGGGCGGUCUGGAUGGUAGCAGUAGUGCAUCUGAUAACCUGGAUAGAUUUGCCAUAGAUUUAUGUCCUAAUAUUCAUAUUACUCGCCCAGAAGAUUUUGAAGCAAAGAAAGCUGGCGCUAAGGAACGCAAACAUCCCACUCCCACCACGAGUGCUUCUGCCCCUCGUAUACGUAACAUGUCGGCUCAAGAGAAGAAUACCGUCAAUACCUCCAAAAUGAAUCCUAAGAGUUUUAUUAUUCGUUUCAAUCCUUCCGAUAGUGCGGACAAGAAGCGUAAGGCCAAAACAAGCAAUAAUGCCAAACGACCUCCUCCUAAGGUUGGUAAGCGUAGAAAAUACGUUGAGCCAGGCUCGUCAACUGCUGAAGAUGAUGAUAUGCCAUUUGAAACCUAUAAUGACUUUUGGAUGUACGAGCCUGACCAAUUGUUUUCACUUCAACAACAACAACAGCAACAACACGAAGCUUUUACUACAAAGACAACUUCAUCCUUUGAUCAUGCAACGACAACAGCCGAUCACCCAAUGAUCGUAGUCGCUCAACAUCCUGGUAUGAAGACGGUAGAUUUGCAAUCCGUCUCUCUCGAAAAAACUGUUCAUUACUCUGAUGCAUUCUCUUUGGAUGCCUUCACCGAUCCUUCAAGCAAUUGGUUUAUCUCGGACUUUAGCUCUUAUAACUUUGAACAAUACGUUGAUUUU